ACGGAACCGGAAGCAGCGUGCUGGUAUCGGCAAGACAGCGGAGCUUUCAGCCAAAAUGUUGAGAAUCACAAUCCGGGCCGACAUAAGUACUCUUUGGGUCGUCUUCUGGUUCACAUAUUCUCAGUUUUUGGUGGUGUCAUCUGAUGACAUCGUGGUGGCUUGCGGAGGGUUCGUCAAAUCCGACGUUGAGAUUAAUUACUCGCUGAUUGAGAUCAAACUCUACACCAAGCAAGGCUCUUUAAAAUAUCAGACUGACUGUGCUCCAAUCAAUGGCUACUUUAUGAUCCCUCUUUAUGACAAGGGGGACUUUGUUUUAAAGAUUGAACCUCCCCUCGGCUGGAGCUUUGAGCCUACCAGUGUAGAUCUCCAUGUGGAUGGAGUCACGGACAUAUGUACAAAAGAAGAGGACAUCAACUUUGUUUUCACUGGCUUUUCCGUGUCUGGGACGAUUCUAAGUAAAGGCCAUCUCCUUGGCCCAGCUGGAGUAGAAGUGAAGUUGACCCGAUCAGGAACAGACGAGAAAAUCCUGAGUGUCAUCACACAGCCCGGAGGAACCUACACCUUUCACAAAGUGCUCCCUGGAACCUAUGACAUCAUUGCGUCUCAUCCUUCCUGGAUCUUGGAACAGAGCACUACCUCAGUGCACAUUUCCAAUGCCAACGCGCCGGCCGCUGACCAUCUGGUGGUCGGAGGCUACGACGUCUCAGGGGAGGUCCGCAGUGAUGGAGAGCCCAUGAAAGAGGUCACCUUCCUGCUUUAUUCGGCCGCAGUGAAAAGAGAGGAUGUAAAGGGCUGCAAUUUUUCUCCUGUGGAGGGUGCUGAUUCUGGGGACAGCUCGCUUGUCUACCUAUGCAGUGCUCUCUCCAGAGAGGACGGCACCUUCAAUUUUCCAUCACUGGCUAGUGGCGAGUACACUGUGGUGCCCUUCUACAGGGGAGAAAGGAUCACUUUUGAUGUUGCUCCUUCCAGAAUGAAUUUCAAGGUGGAGCACAGCAGUUUGACCCUGGAGCCCAUCUUUCGCGUUAUGGGUUUCUCUGUGACUGGACGAGUUCUGAACAGUGUGGAUGGGGAGGGAGUAAAUGAUGCCACAGUCUCCCUCAAUAAUCUGAUCAAAGUUGUCAGCAAAGAGGAUGGUUCUUACAGGCUUGAGAACAUGACAGCUGGUACUUACACAAUCCGCGUCCACAAGGAGCUCAUGUUCUUCGAGCCAAUAACGGUCAAAAUCGCCCCCAACACGCCACAACUUCCUGACAUCAUUACAGCAGGGUUCAGUGUUUGUGGACAAAUCGCCAUUAGCCGCUUGCCUGAAGGCAUGAAGCAGCAGGGUCGCUACAAGAUCACCUUGACACACCAGGGCCAAGACAAAACUUCAGGACGUGUCAUUGACUCGGACAUCCAGGGAGCUUUCUGUUUUCCGGCUAAACCUGGAGACUACAGUGUCCAUGUGUCUCUCCCUGAGGCCGAUGUAAAAGCAGGUCUGGCUUUGCAGCCUCCUUCUCUGGAGUUUUCAGUUGUGGACAAGCCCAUCACAGACCUACUCUUUAUCCAAUUCAUGGCUUCUGUCUCUGGAAAGGUUUACUGUUUAGCUUCCUGUGAUGACCUGUCAGUAACACUUCAAGCAGUAAGCCGUCAAGGAGAGAGAAGGGUUGUGCCUUUGUCUGGCAGCAGUGACAUCCUGAGCUUCUCUUUUGACAACGUUCUACCUGGGAAAUACAAAGUGAGCAUCUCUCACGAAGAGUGGUGUUGGAAACAUAAAUCUCUAGAAGUUGAGGUCCUGGACUCGGACAUAUUGGGAGUGGAAUUCCGACAGAUCGGCUACAUUCUACGCUGCUCCCUGUCCCACGCCAUUACUCUGGAGUUCUUCCAAGACGGCAGCAAACCUGAGAAUGUAGGCAUAUACAAUCUCUCUAAGGGAGUCAACCGCUUCUGCCUGUCCAAACCUGGUGUUUACAAAGUCACCCCUCGCUCCUGCCACCAGUUUGAGCAGGAUUUUUACACUUAUGAUACCUCAGCACCGAGUAUCCUGACUCUUACUGCAGUGCGCCAUCACAUGACAGGGCUCAUCACCACUGACAAGAUUCUAGACGUCACAGUUACCAUCAAAUCAUCCAUUGAGAGUGAACCGGCAUUGGUUCUUGGCCCUUUGCGGAGUCUGCAGGAGCAAAGGCAGGAGCAGCAGCUGCAGGAGAUUCAGCUGCGCCGCCUGGAACGAGAGCGGCGAGCUGCCGAAGAAGACGGGGCUUCCAAGAGUGAUAGUCCCCCUAUUCAAGAGAAGGCUGACGACCUGACCGGCCCUUUCCACUAUGAGUUCUCUUACUGGGCUAGGGCUGGGGAGAAGAUUACAGUGACUCCUUCCUCUAAAGAGCUGCUCUUCUACCCCCCUGAAGUAGAGGCCACUAUCACAGGAGAGUCGUGUCCGGGUCGCAUGGUGAACAUCAUGGGCCGUGCAGGGCUUUUCCUGGAAGGAAAAGUAUCUCCGGAGCUACAAGGGGUUGAGAUCUCAAUCAGUGAGCGAGGAGCUGCUGCACCACUCAUCACUGUGGCCACUAAUGAGAUGGGAGCAUACAGUGUUGGUCCACUCCACAGCGACCGACAGUACGACAUAAGUGCCAGCAGAGAAGGUUUUGUCCUUAGUCACGUGGCAGGAAGUCAGGGGGAUUUCAAGGCCUUUGCUCUGGCUGGAAUCACCUUCAAGAUCAAGUCAGAGGACGGCCAUCCGCUGUCAGGUGUCCUACUGUCUCUAAGUGGUGGACAGUUUCGCUCAAAUCUGUUGACUCAGGACACUGGCAUCCUCCACUUCAACAACCUGAGUCCAGGUCAGUACUACUUCAAACCUAUGAUGAAAGAGUUUCGCUUUGAGCCGUCAUCCCAGAUGAUUACAGUAGAAGAGGGUCAACUCCUCAGUAUUGAUAUCACUGGCAUUAAGACUGCAUACAGCUGCUAUGGGGCAGUUCAGUCUCUGAGUGGUGAUGCUGAGAGGGAUGUUGCUGUGGAAGCGGUGGGCCAAGGAGACUGUAGCCUCUACAGCGAGGACACUGUCACUGAUGAGGAAGGUCGCUUCAGGCUCAGGGGUCUGCUGCCUGACUGCAAAUACCUGAUUCAACUGCGAGCUGAAGGCAACGACCACAUAGAGAGAGCUCUACCUCAGCAAAGAGCCAUAGAGGUCGGCAGCAGUGACAUUGAAGGAAUCAACAUCAUCGCCUUCAGACAAAUCAAUCAGUUUGACCUGAGCGGGAAUGUCAUCACAUCUCCGGAACAUUUAGCAACUCUAUCGGUGAAGCUGUAUAAGAGUGACAAUUUAGACAACCCCAUCAAUAGUGUUUGUCUGGGCCAGUCCCUCUUCUUCCAUUUCCCUCCACUGGACAGAGAUGGAGAGGGCUACGUGCUGAUGCUGUACUCCACCUUGUCCCGCACGCAAUACGACUUCACGCUGCCUCAGGUCUCCUUCACUUCAACGGGCUACCAUAAGCACGUCACUCUUACCUUCAAUCCUACUCGCAAAGUGCCUGACCAAGAUGUCGCCCAGGGCUCCUACAUUGCUCUCCCCCUUACUCUGCUGCUCCUGUUAGCGGCGUACAACCACGAAAAGGUCAUCCCCUUCCUGUUGCAAUUGGGGAAUCGUAUCCAGGGUGUGAGGAGCAUUACACAAGCCAGCAGUGAUAGUGCUGCCUUGGACGAGGCCAAACGUCAGGCCAAGAGGCAGAAGGCCCGGCGCACAUGACGUGCCUCACACCACAUGGUCAUGUGUUCAAUAGUCCAGAGGUAAUCCUGGUCACAGCACUUGAUGUCCACAUGACAUCAUUUGGCAGUUUUCAACCGUAAUUCUCAAUAGCUGUUUAGCUUGGUGGGGUUUAUUCAAUUAAAGUGCCCCACCCAAAAAAACACUUCAUCAGUUGUUCUGGGGCAAAUUUCUACUUUUUAUAAGAAAAUAUUAAUCAUGGAAUGAGUCAACUCAAAAAAGUCAUCUGUAAACACUGGAAUACAUUUACUGUACCUGCAAACGGGUCAACUUAAACAAAACAAUAUUUUUUUUCUGAAUUUUUGCAGAUUGUCCAAUGCAAAAAAUAAAAAUAAAUGGCUCUGUGGUGCUCAUUUCAGGAUCUGACCAGUCCAAGUGAACAUAAUUGGCUGUUUUGACAUGGAGGAUAGAUGAGAUUUCAUUAUAUGUUUAGAGAUUUGUAAAAACUUUCCAUUAGAACGUUAGUUAAGGAAUUUUUGGACAUAUGCAUAUGUUAUUCACUUACAUUUAACUUAAUAGACCGGACGUUUUGCACCUCCAUUGAUCAAAUAUCCACUCAGACCGCCAUGUCCUCUGCUGGAUUCGAACUCAUUGAAUACAAAGGUGUUGUUGAAUACAUUGUAUGAUUUAAACUAAUUUACGCCUCAACUAAAUUAACACCCAUCUCAAUAAUCCUACCACAAAUGAUUCCUAAUAUUCACACUUGACUGACGUAAAAACUGAACAUUGAGAUGCACUCCCCUUAGUUGUCAGGUUUCACAGAAAGGCUGCUUUUCAUUAACUGAUUUUUUUUUCUCUUUUUUUGGGGUAAGGGAGGGGAUUCUAAGAAGAAAACGGGCCUGAUAUAAUUUAUUACAAUGACUGAUUAAAUGUGACUGUGUGUUCUGUUAAUAGCUGUUUUAAUAAUUAUGUUGAGGUUGAGAACCCUGAACAGUAAAUUAUCUCUACGUUCUGUCACAAUAGAUUAAAAUGAAUUCAUCAUACGUUUGUCUCACUUAUGAAAAUGUUGCUGUUUUUCCAACCGUCUGUUCACUGUAGUGAUGGAAGGUUGCUGAAAGUUCCAAACCACUUGACUUUUUAAACCAACGUUUUCAAACAUGUUCUAAUGAUGCACAUCUAUUAUGACUUGAUUGGUUUGGUUGGGAUUGGAAAGGGGAAUUUAUCAAAAGGCUUGUAAUAGUCAACUGUUAUUUUCAUAAAGUUGAAUUGGAAGAAAA